AUGGCGCCUCAGCAGAAGAACACUACAAAGGCCUCAAAGGCAUCCAAGCCCAAGGCUCCUCAAGCUGGUAUCCAGAAAUCCAGGAGCACCCAAAACAAGAAGUCUGGCACCAAGAAGACCUCCACACAGCCAAUUGUUCCUGGCAUGGACCCCAUCACCUCCAGUGAUGCAGAGGUGGAGGGCGAGAGCAGUUGGACUUGGACGGAGGUUCCACCCACUAAGAAGCAGACUGCUAUGAACGGCCGCCAAAGAGGCCGCAACCUGGUUCAAUGGAAUCGACCAGGCACAGCAAGAACAAUUCUGCUCAAUCUCAUGUAUGAGGCUUCUAUCAAGGGGAUCAAAUUGCCUAUGGAUGCCGUUGCUCACCGAACCCACUGUGGAGCAUCGGGUCAGUCACUCAUUCAGUGGCUUGCCCGGGAGCGCAAGAACAUGCUCAAGCAAGGUCGCAUGUGCCCUCCUGUUGCUGGAAACAACUACGACCCAACCAUCCGAGGUAUAGUCCUUGAGACAGCACCCGGCGGUCUGAAGACUGAGAGACAGGAGCCUGAGGACGAGGACGAGGUCGAGGGUGAGGGCAAUGAAGCUCAUAGAAGCUUUGGCACUGGACCUCAGAUCAAACAAGAGAUGAAUCAAGACGCCAUGGGACAGCAGGAUGUGCCAUUCUACCCACAGAAUUACUCGAUGGCUGCUCAACAGAUCGAAUCCCAACAUCCUCAGCAGAUGAUCCAAGCACCCCAGAUCUACCAGGCACCAUGGGGUCCGGCUCCCCCUGGUACGGUCAACCCAAUGGAUCUGCAAAGAGACUCCAACAGUCCCAUCUUUGCGGAUGAGUCUCAGCGUAACAAAAGUGUCGCCCACAGAUGGCUUGCCAAAAAGGGCCACAUUCUUCCUCUGAUCUCUCGGACGCCUAGCGGCGACGUUAAUGUCCAGCCGGAUGGCCUGCAAUGCAGCGGUCAGAACCAGCAAGCUAGCUUUGGGCCCAUGGCAUACGGCAACAUGAUCCCCAACAAUCAGUUCAGCUACAACUACAACUACGAGGGUAUGGGUUUGAACGACGCUGGUCGAGCAUCCGGUUCCCACGUCAACUCGGCUCAAAACGAUUCACCUCUGAAUGACCCGACCUUCAGCCCUUCCAACGAGCGCGAGUAG